GUAUUUUUAGCGUGUUGCGCAGACAGGACGACAAAUGCGUGCGCGGUCUCCGUACCAACGGGACCUGACGCCGACGAGCAAGCACAUUCACGAGCUCAUGGACGAGGAAGACGCGCGGUACACCAAGGCGACGCCACCCGCGGAGCCGCCGGUGCGCGGCUACCAAGUACCGAUGCUGCGGAGCAUUUCCGUGCGCGAAAAAUACGCGCGCGAGGCGCUCCGGCGUCUCGCAAAGAACCUUACGACGGCGUCCAGCGCCCACGACGACGCUGUGUUCAACCAGGUCAAUGAAAUCCUCCAUCCCAAGUCGGCAGCCCCCGCCAAGAAGAAGUUUGACAAGCGCUGGUACCACUUUCACAACCGGCAAGUGUAUAGCAUUGGCCAAGACACGGUGCCGACGCCAUUGCCCCCGAGCAACGUCGAGCCCGCACCGGUGCGGCUUCAUGCGCUCUCCAAACCCCACGUGGCGUUUGACGCCAUGUCUGACACGCACUCGUCACGGAGCAACACCAGCGACGCUCUGAGCAGCGACGCUCCGACAACGGCCGACGAGACCGAAGUGUCUGCACCCGACAUGACAACAUGUCCACGCAACGUCUACCACGCCUGUUUUGACGUCGACUGGGCCGUCGCGGGCGUCGAAAAGGUCGUUAAAGACGCGGUAGAGCGGCAGCGCAUUGGUGCUCUCCUGCGUGCGCAUGCCCGCAUUCUCUUCCACCUCUUCCGAUACCACGCGAGCCUUCAAGGCGGGAGCGAUCGGGAACCGUUCAAGCUCGCGGCCAAAGCCAAGAUCCUCGAAGACUUGAGUGUUCCGAUCCCAGAGCCGGCGCGGCACGGCAUCAGUGACCAGCCAACGAGUCGACAGGACUUUUUGCUCUUUGUCGUGCAAGCCGCACUAGGCUACUACAAGCGAGACGAGGUCGCGGGGCUCGUCAAGCGACUGGCCAAAGAAGGUCUCGAAGACUCGACGAGCGUCUUCUAUCUCCUGCACGACUUCCUCUUGCCGUUUGCAUCCAUUGAAGACCCAACGCACUUUCAAACGCUCUUCUUCAAGCACGAGAGUGCGCAGCAAGUGCUGACGAUGCACCGGAUCGGGCUCGAAAUGGCGUUCCUCCAGCACGCAACCCGGGUGACGCACGACCCGACGACGUCCAAAUCGCCAAGUCCCAUGCCGCAGUCGCUGCAGCCGUUCCUAAAAUUUCAGAGCUACCUCGGCUUUCUUCACCACUUGAAGCUUAUUGACACCAAGCUCUCAGAGACCAAAGCCAGCGUCAUCUUUUGCUCGUGUCUUCCCGUGUGGCCCGACGACCGUGCAGUCGUGUCGCAGUGCCUCGACUACAAUGGCUUUACGCUCGCUUUGACCAAGAUCGCGUUUGCCAAACACGAAAAAACCAUCUGCGGCGGCGAAGAAGACGUGUGUCCGUCCCGACACACGUCAGCGCGCUGCGCUUGCGUCCUUGCCACCGUCCAGGACAAGUACAACAUGCACGCAUACCUCGAGCCGCUCGGCAUCCUGAUUGCGAAGAUCACGUCGCCUGGCUCCCGGCGAGGCGUGCGGCGACGGUCGGCCACAGACACGGAGGCUGCCAAAGCCUAGUCGUGUAAGAUACGUGAACGCAGGCCUUUUGUUCUGCCUUGUGGCUUCUUGGCACUGUAAAGGAGGGUGUUUUGCGUUGUACAACUCAAUACUAUUUUGUUAC